AAAAAAGAGCUUAUAAGUCCCAACCCCUCAUCAGGAAAAUAAUAUAUGUGCAUUGGACUUUCACCCAUGCAAAAUUUACUCACAUCGUUCAAUAAGUGACAGAAGCUACCUUGUGUAAAGACCUCAACACUGCUGACCAUGAUCAGCCCAGCCUGGAGCCUCUUCCUCAUCGGGACUAAAAUUGGGCUGUUUUUUCAAGUGGCACCUCUAUCAGUUAUGGCUAAAUCCUGUCCAUCUGUGUGUCGCUGUGAUGCAGGUUUCAUUUACUGUAAUGAUCGCUUUUUGACGUCCAUUCCAACAGGAAUACCAGAGGAUGCUACAACUCUCUACCUUCAGAACAACCAAAUAAAUAAUGCUGGGAUUCCUUCAGAUUUGAAAAACUUGCUGAAGGUAGAAAGAAUAUACCUAUACCACAACAGUUUAGAUGAAUUUCCUACCAACCUCCCAAAGUAUGUAAAAGAGUUACAUUUGCAAGAAAAUAACAUAAGAACUAUCACUUAUGAUUCACUUUCAAAGAUUCCAUAUCUGGAAGAAUUACAUUUAGAUGAUAACUCUGUUUCUGCUGUUAGCAUUGAAGAGGCAUUUCGAGACAGCAACUAUCUCCGGCUGCUUUUUCUGUCCCGGAACCACCUUAGCACAAUUCCCUGGGGUUUGCCCAGGACUAUAGAAGAACUACGUUUGGAUGAUAACCGCAUAUCUACCAUUUCUUCACCAUCUCUUCAAGGCCUCACUAGCCUGAAACGCCUGGUUUUGGAUGGAAACCUGUUGAACAACCACGGUUUAGGUGAUAGUUUCUUCAAUCUAGUUAACUUAACAGAACUGUCCCUGGUCCGGAAUUCCUUGACUGCUGCACCAGUAAACCUUCCAGGCACAAACCUGAGGAAGCUUUACCUUCAAGACAACCACAUCAACCGGGUACCCCCAAAUGCUUUUUCUUAUCUAAGGCAGCUGUACCGACUUGAUAUGUCCAAUAAUAACCUAAGUAAUUUACCUCAGGGUAUCUUUGAUGAUUUGGACAACAUAACCCAACUUAUUCUUCGCAACAAUCCCUGGUAUUGUGGGUGCAAGAUGAAAUGGGUACGAGACUGGUUACAGUCACUACCUGUGAAGGUUAAUGUGCGUGGGCUUAUGUGCCAAGCCCCAGAAAAAGUUCGUGGGAUGGCUAUCAAGGACCUCAAUGCAGAACUGUUUGAUUGUAAAGACAGUGGGAUUGUAAGCACCAUUCAGAUAACCACUGCAAUACCUAACACAGUGUAUCCUGCUCAAGGACAGUGGCCAGCUCCUGUGACCAAACAACCAGAUAUUAAGAACCCCAAGCUCAUUAAGGAUCAACGAACUACAGGGAGUCCCUCGAGAAAAACAAUUAUAAUUACUGUGAAGUCUGUCACCUCUGACACAAUUCAUAUCUCCUGGAAACUUGCUCUACCUAUGACUGCUUUAAGACUCAGCUGGCUUAAAUUGGGCCAUAGCCCAGCGUUUGGAUCUAUAACUGAAACUAUAGUAACAGGGGAACGCAGUGAAUACUUGGUCACAGCCCUGGAACCUGACUCGCCCUAUAGAGUAUGCAUGGUUCCCAUGGAAACCAGUAACCUCUACCUAUUUGAUGAAACUCCUGUUUGUAUUGAGACUGAAACUGCACCCCUUCGAAUGUACAACCCAACAACCACCCUCAAUCGAGAGCAAGAAAAAGAACCUUAUAAAAAUCCCAAUUUACCUUUGGCUGCCAUCAUUGGUGGGGCUGUGGCCCUGGUGACCAUUGCCCUUCUUGCUUUAGUGUGUUGGUAUGUUCAUAGGAAUGGAUCGCUCUUCUCAAGGAACUGUGCAUACAGCAAAGGGAGGAGAAGAAAGGAUGACUAUGCAGAAGCUGGCACUAAGAAGGACAACUCUAUCCUGGAAAUCAGGGAAACUUCUUUUCAGAUGUUGCCAAUAAACAAUGAACCCAUCUCUAAGGAGGAGUUUGUAAUACACACCAUAUUUCCUCCUAAUGGAAUGAAUCUGUACAAAAACAAUCACAGUGAAAGCAGUAGUAACCGAAGCUACAGAGACAGUGGUAUUCCAGACUCCGAUCAUUCACACUCAUGAUGCUGGAGGACCCACAGCAGACUAUGUUUCAGGUUUUUUUAAACCUAAGGGAGGUGAUGGUAGGAACCCUGUUCUACUGCAAAACACUGGAAG